AUAAAACAGUCGGCUUGCCAGCGCAGACUGCGCCUUCCCAACCCUCACGAACAGGCCCGUCUUACCCUCCUGCGAGAAUGUGCUACCAUCUCAUAACGUUCACCGAGGGCGGCUGUAAUCAUCGUUGGGCCACCAAGAGGCACUACAUCGAUUGUAACAUGACCGUGUGUCGGCUGAGCCAGCGGCAUAGCUCAGAGACACAUAAAUGUCCCGCCGAAUGCAUAGACAUGAAUCUUCCCGAUCAGUCCAUUUGCUUGUACCAGCAGCCUGGGCUCUGCUAUACCUGCCGUGGUCUGGAGACUCCGCGCAUGAAGAACUAUGAUAGCGAGGAUGACGAGUAUGAUAGCGAGAAUGACGAGUAGAAGACCGUGAACAGCUAGAAAAAGCGGGCUUGAGACUUGCCGCAGCGUCCAUGGCCAGUGUCGAUGCUUGUCCUCGAACUUAGCAUCUGCCUGCACCACAUC